AUGUGGGGUGAUGGACGAAAGUACAUGGACUGCAAAUGGUCAUCUGCAUCGGAUGGCAGUGGCGAUGCGGCCUGUACAGAAAUGCACGUCCCAGAAGGACAGCCAGGACAAGGUGAAGUCAGUAUCACAUAUACAGUACGUGAUGAAGAUGGCUUUUAUAAGGCCCUUCAAGCCGACUAUGGAAUUGAGAAGGACUGGAUUGUAUGGAAAGACAUAUACGCAGACCCUGAGAAUUCUCUUACCUGUCCUCCUUGUCCUAACCAUAAAGGCUGCAAACCUUGCGCUGGCCAUGGCGUGACUUACCACAACUGGCCAGUAAAGGCUGCGGACGAUGACAUCGAUGUUCCUAAUCUCAAGGACAUCAUCGACACUGCAGUACCUAACAUCACGACACUUCAAGAUGUCAUUCUCGGGAGUUUCAUAGAGAUGCGUAUCGGCGCCAUGGAUGCCUCGGACGAAGACGUCGCUACCGCGCUCAGUAUGCCCGUUUUCAUGAUUGCAGACACAACUGAACAAAUGAAGAACAUCACGAAAAUCGGCAAAGAACAGGAAAAAGCUGAUGAUGAAGCUAAAGUCAGUUUUAUCUUAGACAUUGUCAGCAUUGUUCUUAUGAUCAUUCCGUUCGCUGGAGAGGCAGUCGAUGCGAUUGGCGGCGUGGCGAACGUUGCCCGUGCGGCUUAUGUUGUCGGCGAGGCUGGCAACGCAGCUCUGUCUGUCUAUGAUAUUGUGAAGAAUCCAUCUUCAGCUCCCUUCGCCAUUCUUGGUCUAGUCAUGGGAGCCGAUGCCUCGGUUGUUGGCAAGGCUAGCAAGACGACUUUCACCAAAGCUGCCGCUUUCCGGAAUGCGCUGACCGAGGAUACUCUGAGCUCCUUCAGCAAAGAGUUCCGGGCGAAUGAUGCGAUCGUACAGGACAUUGUUAAAGCUUGUAAAAAGGCCUGA